GACAUUGUUGCUGGAGCCCCUGUUUUUAAGAAAGCAUAACCCCUACUGUAGAGCUAAAUGCACUGUGCGUGAAACUUGGAAAAAAACCAAUGUAUAAGCCUGUCGACCCUUACUCUCGGAUGCAGUCCACCUAUAACUACAACAUGAGAGGAGGUGCUUAUCCCCCAAGGUACUUUUACCCAUUUCCAGUACCACCUUUACGUUAUCAAGUUGAACUUUCUGUGGGGGGACAGCAAUUUAAUGGGAGAAAGACGAGACAGGCUGCGAAACACGAUGCUGCUGCAAAAGCUUUGAGGAUCUUGCAGAACGAACCGCCCCCUGAGAGGCUGGAGGUGAAUGGAAGAGAAUCAGAAGAAGAAAAUCUCAAUAAAUCUGAAAUAAGUCAAGUGUUUGCGAUUGCACUUAAACGGAACUUGCCUGUGAAUUUUGAGGUUGCCCGGGAGAGUGGCCCACCCCACAUGAAGAGCUUUGUGACCACGGUCUCCGUCUUGGUCUCGGUUGGGGAGUUUGUGGGGGAAGGUGAAGGGAAGAGCAAGAAGAUUUCAAAGAAAAACGCUGCUAUAGCUGUUCUUGAGGAGCUGAAGAAGUUACCACCCUUGCCUGCAGUUGAGCGAGUGAAGCCCAGAAUCAAAAAGAAAACAAAAUCCAUAGUCAGGCUGCAGAGCAGGCCGGAAUACGGCCAGGGGAUGAACCCGAUUAGCAGAUUGGCCCAGAUCCAGCAGGCCAAAAAGGAGAAGGAGCCAGAGUACCUGCUCCUCACUGAGCGAGGCCUCCUGCGCCGCAGGGAGUUUGUGAUGCAGGUGAAGGUGGGAAACCACACCGCAGAAGGAUCAGGCACCAAUAAGAAGGUGGCCAAACGCAAUGCAGCUGAGAACAUGCUGGAAAUCCUUGGUUUCAAAGUCCCGCAGGCUCAGCUCACCAAACCAGCCCUCAAAUCAGAGGAGAAGACACCCAUAAAGAAACCAGGGAAUGGAAGAAAAGUAACCUUUUUUGAACCUGGCUCUGGGGAUGAAAAUGGGACUAGCAAUAAAGAGGCCGAGUUUAGGAUGCCUUAUCUUAGUCAUCAGCAGCUGCCUGCUGGAAUUCCUCCCAUGGUGCCCGAGGUUGCCCAGGCUGUAGGAGUCAGUCAAGGACAUCACACCAAAGAUUUCACCAGGGUAGCUCCGAAUCCUGCCAAGGCUACGGUAACUGCCAUGAUAGCGCGUGAAUUGUUGUAUGGGGGCACCUCGCCUAUAGCCGAGACCAUUUUAAAGAAUAACAUCUCUUCAGGCCACGUACCCCAUGGACCUCUCACGAGACCCGCUGAGCAGCUGGACUAUCUUUCCAGAGUCCAGGGAUUCCAGGUUGAAUACAAAGACUUCCCCAAAAACAACAAGAACGAAUUUGUAUCUCUUAUCAACAACUGCUCCUCUCAGCCGCCCCUGAUCAGCCACGGUAUUGGAAAGGAUGUGGAGUCCUGCCACGAUAUGGCUGCACUGAACAUUUUAAAGUUGCUGUCUGAGUUGGACCAACAAAAUACAGAGAUGCCAAGAACAGGAAAUGGACCAAUGUCUGUGUGUGGGAGGUGCUGAAACUUAACUGUCCAGGAACCAUUGAAAAAUCCCAACAUAUAUACUUAAAAUACUUAAAAUACUGAAACUGCUUUGAAAAUUUGGAACUUCUGAUACCUCCAGUGGGCCGAGAGACACCAUGGGUAAAGGACUGGAGACAGCAGUGGUGAAGAAGGCAGGGCCCGGAGAAGCAGCUGCUGUGGGGCGAGGUGGGCCUGCCAAGCACCCCUGGCUCCACUGGGAAAUCAGCAGGUCCGUGCCCCAGGCACCCUAGUGCUUGGUUUUGGUGGGGGUUUUUGUUUUGUUUUUUGGGGUGUUUUUAUUUUUUUUUUCUUGCUGUGUGAAAGAAGAAACUCAAACUGGCUCACUCAAACACUUUGGGACAAACCCUGGACAGCACGCUGGAGAGAGGCCUUAGUCUGGCCCCAGAGCUGAAAGCACCAGAGAAAAUCAAAUGCUUCCUCCUCAGCCUGAGCUGACCUUUUUGGCGUGCUCUGGCCCACAGCUCCUGCAGUACCCACACCGUCACCACUGCUCUCUUCCAAGAGAUAUGUAUUCUUAGUUUCAGUAUUUUCUUUUGAUUGAAAUGACACUAUAUAAAUUUUCAUUUGAGAGUUUCUCAAUUGUAUCUAGUUACAUAGCACAGUUUAGAAACUUGUCUGAGACUGACUUUAUCAGUAAUCUAACCGGCAAAGAUCAUAUCCAUGUGUAUGUGGUUAUACAUUUUUAUUUCAUUGGACUAACCCAGGACCAUUUCAGUGAUGCAAAUUGUUUGCCCUCUGGUUUAGCUGAAACAGUCCUGGACUUCUCAGAAACCUUGAUGAAGUCUCCCACAGUUGUAUAAAUUGGAUAAUUCAGGAAUUUUAAACUUUAAAUGAUCAUUUGGUUCUUUUUCUAUUUUAUUUUUGUUAAUGCAACAGGACUUAAAUAAAUGAACUUUUAUCUUUGCUUUAAAGAUUAUUAAAAUUGUGUGUAUAUACUU